AUGGUCGCUGAAAUCAAGUCGUUUGAAGUGUCAGACGCUUUGGAAUCAAGCUUGAAAGGCUUUGCAUUGGCCAAUCCGUCGAUAACUCUAGUUCCUGAAGAGAAACUACUCUUCAGAAAGACAGACAAAGGGAAGGUUGCCUUGGUCUCCGGUGGAGGUUCCGGCCACGAGCCUGCACAUGCGGGCUUCGUGGGUAAAGGUAUGCUAAGUGGUGCAGUUUGUGGUGACAUAUUUGCCUCUCCAUCUACUAAACAGAUCUUGAAUGGUAUCAGACUAGUCGGCGAGAACGCCUCUGGAGUGUUACUAAUCGUUAAGAAUUACACCGGGGAUGUCCUACAUUUUGGUCUUUCUGCUGAAAGAGCUCGGACCCUUGGCAUUGAUUGCCGUGUCGCUGUUGUGGGCGAUGACGUCGCUGUUGGCCGUGAGAAGGGUGGCAUGGUUGGAAGGAGAGCUCUAGCAGGAACUGUGUUAGUUCAUAAGAUUGUCGGAGCAUUUGCAGAGCUUCACUCGGAUAAAUAUGGUCUUGAAGGUUGCGAGAAAGUCGUCAAGAUCAUCAACGACAAUCUUGUGACUAUCGGUUCCUCUCUAGAUCAUUGCAAAGUGCCCGGCAGAAAAUUCGAGAGUGAAUUGAAUGGCAACCAGAUGGAGUUGGGUAUGGGAAUUCACAACGAACCUGGUGCCAAAGUUCUUGAACCUAUUCCUUCCACGGAAGAGCUGAUCUCGAAAUAUAUGCUUCCAAAACUUCUGGAUCCUACCGAUAAAGAUAGGUAUUUUGUUGAUUUCGGCAAGGACGACGAGGUUGUACUACUAGUCAACAAUCUGGGGGGCGUUUCCAACUUGAUCAUCUCAUCCAUUGUCUCGAAAACCACCGAUUUCUUGCAGAGAGAAUACAACAUCACCCCGGCUCAGACUAUUGCAGGAACUUUAAUGACUUCCUUCAACCAAGACGGAUUUAGCAUCACUUUGCUCAAUGCAUCUAGGGCUUCGAAGCAACUGAAGAAGGAGUUUCCAGAUGUGGGCUGUGUUUUUAAAUUGUUAAACGCACCAACCGAUGCUCCGGCCUGGCCUGUCUCCCCCAGCGCUCAAGAGGCCCCAACGUUUGACGAGAACUCUUUGAAGUCAGAGGUCAAAGUAAAGGACGCUGGUUCUUACGACUUCGACCAUUUCUGUAAAAUCAUGCGGGGCGGUGCCAAGCAAUUGAUCGAAAGCGAACCACACAUCACCUCGCUGGACACCAAAGUCGGCGACGGUGACUGUGGCUAUACCUUGGUUGCGGGAGCCAACGGGAUCACAGAGAACCUCGACAAGCUGUCGAAGAGCUCUUUGUCAGAGGCCACCGCUCAAAUUUCUGAUCUCAUCGAAAGCUCAAUGGGCGGUACCUCCGGCGGUUUGUAUUCAAUCCUAAUCUCUGGUUUUUCUCAAGGACUGAUCAACGUGUGCAGCAAACCAGACGAGCCAGUCACUGCUGAGGUUACUGCAAAAGCGCUCGAAUACGCUCUUGAGACUUUGUACAAGUACACAAAGGCCAGACCGGGCUCUUCUACCAUGAUAGACGCUUUGGAGCCCUUUGUCAAAGAGUUUUCAUCCUCCAAGGACUUCAACAAAGCUGUCAAAGCUGCUGAAGAAGGUGCGAAAUCCACAGCUACGUUUGAAGCUAAGUUCGGAAGAGCAUCCUACGUCGGCGACUCAUCGCAAGUUGAGGAUCCAGGUGCUGUUGGACUUGUAGAGUUCUUGAAAGGUGUUCAAGCAGCACUAUAG